AUGGACGCGGAGCAGAGUAAUCAGAAUUUCAAGCUAGAAAAUCUCUUCAACGUGAGGGGCAAAGUGGCCCUGAUCACUGGUGGCGGCUCCGGAAUUGGCUUAAUGGCCGCCCAAGCUCUUGCUGUCAAUGGCGCAAAAGUUUACAUCGCAGGCCGAAGUAAAGAAAAGCUUGAACGAGUCGCCGAUCUGUAUGGUGCAGAUAUUCCUGGCCAAUUGAUUCCUAUUACAGCGGACGUCAAAUCGAAAGACUCAAUUGAUAAUCUAGUUGAAGCUAUCUCCGAACGUGAACAUUUUCUCUCAAUAUUGAUCAACAAUGCUGGAAUAUCCAGCAAAUCCCAAACAACCGAACACGAAGACCCUCAAAAGCUUCGGAAAUCUCUCUUUGAAGGUGCAUCUGCUGAUAUCAAAGAAUGGGAUAACGUCUUCCGAACAAAUACAUCACAGCUUUUCUUCAUGACAUCCGCUUUUUUGCCUCUCCUCUCGCGGGGCUCAGAGCAGGAACACGGCUGGUCAAGUACUGUUAUCAAUAUCACGUCCAUUUCAGGUAUCGUGAAGGUCUCGCAGCAUCAUUUCGCAUACAAUGCGUCAAAGGCAGCGGCAAUUCAUUUGACAAAGAUGUUGGCGCAUGAGAUUAUGACAUCGAACUUGAAGAUCCGAGUCAAUAAUAUCGCUCCAGGUGUUUUUCCAAGUGAGAUGACUACUGGCGAGAGCGAUGAGAAGCAGAAGAGUGCUAUUCCGAAAGAGAAAUAUGAACAGAAAGUUCCUGCAGGAAGACCGGGCAUGGAGGAGGAUAUGGCUUCCACGGUACUUUUUGCUGCGACAAAUCAAUAUUUGAAUGGACAAACUGUUGUUGUAGAUGGGGGGUAUGUUUUGGCUGCUGGUACCGUUAAUUGA